AUGGUGGAUAGCGACUUUUUUAACACCUCAUUUUCGAUGGGCUGUUUAAUCGAAAAUGAAGCCGAAAUACAGAAUACCGAAUUGAGUAAUGUUGAAUGUGCCACUGAAAAGAUACCAUUUGUUGAAAACAUCAGAAAACUUUGGUUAGCCGGAUUUGGCUGUGAUGUCUUCUUUGCCGUUGGACUAGAAUGCAAGCGGUUUGCUGCACAUCGAACUGUAUUGGCUGCUGGUUCCAAAUAUUUUUGUGACUUUUUCUUUGGUAAUGAACGUCGAGUUGGAAACAGCAGUUAUGAACUUCCGAUUGAAAUAUUUGAUGUAACACCGGAUGCCAUGCAAACAGUUCUAAAUUUUCUCUAUUCCAAUCAGUAUGCAACAGCAUUGGAUGUUGAUAGCAAAUAUGUUGUUCAUGUUUUAUAUGCAGGUUUUCUUGACUGUGAUCGAGAUACAAUUGCAUUGCUGAUAAAUCGGGAUACGUUUCGACCAAGCCGUGAAUUUCCACUAUUUAUGGCACUAUUUUCAUGGAGUAUUGCGGUAUGUUUCAGUGUUAUCAAUUUAUUUUUUGUUUUUGUUGCUGUUGUUUAUCAAAUGUCAUCUGUUUUGUUGUUGUUUUUGCUGUCUACAAAAAUAAAAAAAAAGAAUAAGUGACA